CCAGGGCCGGGGCGAGGAGGGGCCGAGCCGCGGGGGAUCCUGGAAUCGGCGGGGAGGUGGGGAUUCUGGGAGGAGAGCUCCAUUUCCUCCUUCCCGCCGCCUCGCCCCUCCGCCCGCACCCCAAAUUUCGACGUGCCGCCCCCCGCGGCGGGAGGAUGCUGGGCAUGUACGUGCCCGACAGGUUCUCCCUGAAGUCGUCCCGCGUGCAGGACGGGAUGGGGCUCUACACGGCCCGCAGAGUCGCAAAGGGCGAGAAGUUCGGGCCGUUCGCCGGCGAGAAGAGGAUGCCGGAGGACCUGGAGGAGGACAUGGACUACCGGCUGAUGUGGGAGGUCCGAGGCAGUAAGGGGGAGGUCCUGUACGUCCUGGACGCCACCAACCCGCGGCACUCCAACUGGCUGCGCUUCGUGCACGAGGCGCCGUCGCAGGAGCAGAAGAACCUGGCUGCCAUUCAGGAAGGGGAGAACAUCUUCUACCUGGCGAUCGAGGACAUAGACACAGACACGGAGCUGCUGAUCGGCUACCUGGACAGCGACAUGGAGGCCGACGAGGAUGAGGACGAGGACGAGCCGCCGGCGGCCCCGGGGGCGCAGGACGGGGAAGACGGCUCCGGCCGCGCCGAGGACCACGCCUGCCCGCAGUGUGAGUCCAGCUUCCCCAGCGAGGAGGUCCUGGCCGAGCACCUGCUCAGCCUGCACCAGACGCCCGGCACGGAGAAGGAGGCCAGGUGCAGGGGCUGCGGGAAGACCUUCCCGGUGAAGCAGGCCCUGCAGAGACACGUUCUCCAGUGUCCCGCGAAAAGCAGUUCGAAGGACUCUUCCAGAAGCUUCCAGUGCUCCGUCUGUGACUCCCCCUUCAGUUCGGUGUCCAGUUGUGAGCAGCACCAGGAGACUUGCCGGAGCAGGGCCAGGUUCGUGUGCAAGGCCGGCAGCUGCGGGAAGAGGCUGAAGAGCAGGGACGCCCUGAGGAGGCAUCAGGAGAACGUCCACGCUGGAGACCCCAAGAGAAAGCUGGUGUGCUCUGUGUGCAACAAGAAGUGCUCUUCCGCCUCCAGCCUGCAGGAGCACAGGAAGAUUCAUGAGAUAUUUGAGUGUCAGGAAUGCAUGAAGAAAUUCAUCUCGGCGAACCAGCUCAAGCGUCACAUGAUCACUCACUCAGAGAAGCGGCCCUAUGCCUGCGAGGUCUGCCACAAGUCCUUCAAGCGGCCGGACCAGGUGGGCGCCCACAAGGUCAUCCACAGCGAGGACAAGCCCUACAGGUGCAAGCUCUGCGGCAAGGGCUUCGCCCACAGGAACGUCUACAAGAAUCACAAGAAGACCCACUCCGAGGAGAGGCCGUUCCAGUGCGAGGAGUGCAAGGCGCUGUUCCGCACGCCCUUCUCGCUGCACCGGCACCUGCUCAUCCACAACAGCGAGAGGACUUUCAAGUGCCACCACUGCGACGCCACCUUCAAGAGGAAGGACACCUUGAGCGUGCACGUGCAGGUGGUCCACGAGAGGCACAAGAAGUACCGGUGCGAGCUGUGCAACAAGGCCUUCGUGACCCCGUCCGUGCUGAGGAGCCACAAGAAGACCCACACCGGCGAGAAGGAGAAGGUCUGUCCGUACUGCGGCCAGAAGUUCGCCAGCAGCGGCACGCUGAGGGUGCACGUCCGGAGCCACACAGGCGAGCGCCCCUACCAGUGCCCCUACUGCGAGAAGGGCUUCAGCAAGAACGACGGGCUGAAGAUGCAUAUCCGGACCCACACGCGGGAGAAGCCCUACAAGUGCUCCGAGUGCAGCAAGGCCUUCAGCCAGAAGCGCGGCCUGGACGAGCACCGGCGGACACACACCGGCGAGAAGCCCUUCCAGUGCGACGUGUGCGACCUGGCCUUCAGCCUGAAGAAGAUGCUGAUCCGGCACAAGAUGACCCACAACCCCAACCGCCCGCUGGCCGAGUGCCAGUUCUGCCACAAGAAGUUCACCAGGAACGACUACCUCAAGGUGCACAUGGACAACAUCCACGGCGAGGCGGACGGCUGAGGCGGCGGCGGGCCGGGCGGCGGCGCGGGG